AUGAGUAUGUACGGCUCUAAUACGAAAUUGCCCACCUUGGGCCCGAGGAGUAAUUCGAGACAGGAUUUGGCGAAUGCAAGUUUCAGAAACGACAUGUUAGCCGGGGGAAACGGCUUCCAAGGAGAAUACCCACCGGGGGACGGCGGAUACACCUACGCCUACUCCAGGACCUCCUUGCACGGGGCCGGGGGAUCGAAUAUGGCCGUUAGCAUGGGGGCGGCAGGUGGGGGAAUGAGUGCACAGGCAAUUCAGCAAAAAGCUCUGUACCUGACAAACCAGUGCCAGAGCUUCAUGCAGAGGGCCGAAAGGAUUCUCCAGGGUGGGGGUCAAGCUGCAGAGGCAGACAAGCUGUUGAUGAUGGCUGCAGAAACCAUGGAGCAGAUGAUGGUCUGUGGCAGGGACCUGCAGCAAAUGCGUAUACCUAAUGACAUCUUUGGAAACGUAGAACAUUUCCAGCACAUGCAUGGUGCUAUGCAACAGCAACUAGGCAGUAGUGUGACGACAAUCAGACGGAGAAAAAGCAGCGCGGGUUCCCAGGAAGGGGGGAGGAUCUUUAAUGACGCCAUCGCCUGGAUUUCUCAGCAAAAGCGCAUGAUUGAGACCGCUCCAUAUGGAGAUGACUCCGAAACCAUAGAAAAACAAAUCACAAGCCACAGCAGAACCCACAGCUCUUUACAGAAGAGCCAGGAAGUAGACCGUGCCAGAGAUGAUCUGAACUUGAGGGGGGACAAGUACAACCUGGCAAUCAUGGAACAAGAAUGGGAAAGCCUGCAGAAAAUGUCCCACAACCGUGCGGAUCAGCUGCGAGACCUUCUGGGCAUCAUCAAUGACAUCUCCAGAGCCAUCAUGUGGGUGAAUGAGAGAGAGGAGGAAGAGCUUAUGUUUGACUGGGGAGAUAAGAACAUCGACCACUAUAUCCCAAAAAAGCAAGAGAGCUACUCGGAGCUGAUGGGGGAUCUGGAGGAGAAAGAGAAGGACCUAAACAAGCUGAAGCUGAAAGCGGAUGGACUCCUGAACAACAACCACCCUGCCUCAGAUAAAAUUGAAGCCUACAUGGACACCUUACAGACCCAGUGGAGCUGGCUUCUCCAGAUCACCAAGUGUAUCCAUGUUCACUUGAAGGAGAAUGCUGCCUACAGCCAAUUUUUCAAGGAGGCCAAUGAGACCGCUGCAAAGCUGCAGAAGGAGCACGAGACUAUCCGAAGCAAGUUUACCUGCGACAAGAACACCUCACUGGAUACCCUCACUGAGCUCCUGAGAAACCUGGAGAAAGAGAAGGAGCGAGUCGUCGACAAUAAGAGGCAGGUCCACAGUCUGGUUAACAAAUCUAAGAGCAUUAUCAGGCUGAAACCUCGUAACCCAGAGGAGAAGAGCAGCAGCCCCGUCAUGGUCGAGGCCAUAUGUGACUUUAAACAAGACCAGAUCGGGAUUUUGAAAGGGAAUGAGGGCAUCCUGAAGGAUAACUCGCAGCGCAGCAAGUGGCUUGUGACUGGACCUGGAGGUCUGGACAUGUUGGUUCCCUCUGUGUGUCUGCUGAUCCCCCCACCAAACCCUCUCAGCAUUGGCCUUGCCAGCAAGUAUGAGCAGUAUUAUGAAGCCAUCAUGAACCUCUGGAAUCAGAUCUACAUCAACAUCAAGAGUCUCAUCGCAUGGCAAUACUGCCUCAAAGACAUGACUUACAUCAACUCCCUCACUUCCAGCAUGCUGUCUAAGAUGCGACCCGAUGAGUACCGCAGUAUCUUCAAAAGACUGGAGAGUCAUUACCAAGAGUUCUUGCGUACCAGCCAAGGUUCUGAGAUGUUUGGGGAAGAAGAAAAGAAAAAUAUCCAGGACAACUUUGAUAAAACCCAGGCCCACUAUGAUACAAUGGUUGGUUCCAGGACUCCUGCCGCGAUUCCCGAAACAAUUCUCCCCAUGGUCACAUCCCCGGUCAUACCCCCGGUCACACCCCCGCCUCCCACAACCAGUUCUUCCCUCAGCGUCGUCCUGCUCAGAAAUCUGCAAGAUAUUCAUCGCAGGCUGGAGCUGGCUGAGUCGGGGGUCACCAGCCAUCUUCACAUUCGCCUGGGGGAGAACAGCGUGCACGAGAGCUCAGUGCACAUCGAGAAGCUAGAGAUUGUGCACCAAGAAUUGGACUCCAUUCAUGAUGAGUACAUGCGACUCAGAGAAAAGAUUCUUAAACAACUGGAGGGGAUACCUCAAGAAUCUGAGCAAGCCAAGUUCCUCCACUCUGAACUGAAAAUCAUCAACCAAAAACUGGGUGGCCUGCAGGCUCUCUACCCUGCCUACUUUGAAAGGAUGUCAGCUGUUCAGGCUUUUCUCCAAAGCCUCCUUCAGGCUGAAGACAUCAUUAAAGUCCACGAGGCCCGGCUGACAGAGAAGGAGACCUCCUCUCUGGACCUCGAAGAGGUGGAAAACUAUCGGAGCACACUGAAGCAAAUGAAAAGCGAUCUGGAUCAAAAAAGAAACCUUCUGACGGCAAUGGAAUCUGACCUGAGUAGGGCAGUGCACUGGAAUGGUCAAAUCACUGAGCCCUACCACAAGUGUGACGUAGACUUGGCCAGGUACUCAGACCAGGUGGGCCAGAUGUCCGACCGCUGGCGCCGCAUCCAAACCCAGAUUGACAGCAGAGUGUGGGAUUUGGAGAAGCAGGAGAAACAGCUGCAACAUUAUCAGCAGAGCAGCAAUCUCCUGGAGCAGUGGAUCAACAAUACCAGGAAGCGACAGGACACCCUUCAGACGGUUAAGCUCAACGACGUCCAGACUCUAAUGGACCACCUUAACCAACAGAAGGCUCUUCACACUGAAAUAAAAGGAAAGAAGGAGAAAGUAGAGGUUAUGCAGAAAAACGCAGACACCUGUGCGUCCUCCAUAAAGGACUAUGAGCUGCAGCUGGCUUCCUACAGUUCAGGCCUGGAAACACUGCUUAACAUUCCUAUCAAGAGGAUAAUGCUGCGGUCCCCCGCUUCUGUGGUCAGACAAGAGGCAUCUGGCCUCCAGUCCAACUACAUCGAGCUACUGACCCGCUCAAGUGACUACUACAAGUUCCUGGGGGAGCUCCUGAAGAACAUGGAGGAGCUGAAGAUCAGGAACACAAAGAUAGAUAUGUUAGAGGAGGAACUGAGGCGUCUGAAGGACGAAAUCCAGGGCCAUAAUCAGAAAAACAAGUCUCUGGAGGAGGCUAUGGCCCGCUUAAAGCUGGAGCUCUCUCAAUCACAGGAGAAGCUAAUUUCUAUGGAAGAGAUUAAGGUGACCCACACGAUGCAUGUUAAUGCCACCAAGGAUAGCCUAGAGAGCACACACAGCAAGCUUCGAGAUCUUAAUGAACAACUGAUCCAAAUUAAAUACGAGCUGGAUGAAGAAAAGAGGAAGAGAAGACUGGCAGAGGAGCGCUACACCAGCCAGCAAGAAGAGUAUGAGGGGGCCGUUCGCCGCAGACAGAAAGAGCUAGAAGAACUCAACUGGAGCAAGAUUGAUUUAGAAAAGUCGGUGAAGGACAAAGAACGUGAAGUGGAGAGGAUGAAGAUACUGUUAGAUGAGGAAGUGCUGCGUCGACGAAACGCUGAAUCCGAUAUCUCAAAGGUAAGAACAAAGUACACACAGGAGCUUAGUGAACUCAAGCAGACAUACGAGACACAGAUCCAUGUUACCAAGACCACGAUCCUGAAAACCGAGCAGCAGAAAGAAGAAGACACAGCAGAUCUGAGGCUGCAAGUUGACCGACUCACUGCUGAAAAGAGAGAUCUAGAGGAGGAGCUGAGGAGGCUCAGGAACUCCAUUGAUCAGAUGGAAGAACAUAAGAGCAGAGCAGAGCAGGAGGUCAGCCAGCAGAGGGCCUCGCUGGUACAAGAAACAAGAGUGCGCAGUGAGUUGGAGAUUCAGCUGAGAACACUGAUGCAACAGGGAGGGGACAAUGACCUCAAACUAAAGGAGGCCACCGAAAACAUUCAGGAAAAGUCCAGGCAGAUCAGUCUUCUAACAUUUAACCUGGAGGAGGAGGUGAAGAAGAGGAGGAACUUGGAUUUGGAAAUCAAUCACCUGAAACAGGCUGAGGCAGAUUUGAAGGCAAAGAACGCCUCCUACCUGGAGUCCAUAAAUAUACUUAAAGUGUCUGAGCAGGAGAUCCGCAUCACCCGGGUAGAGCUGGAGAAGCAGACCAGCGAGAAAGCCAAGGUUGAGCAGAGUUCUGCCAGGCUGCAGAGCCGUAUUCGGGAACUUCAGUGCUCUUUGGAUGGAAUGGAAGCUGAGGUGGAGAAGCAAAAGAAAGCAACCCAAGAAGAGUUCACACGUAGAAAGAGAAUGGAGGCAGAGUUGCAGAGGAUGACACAUACUUGCAGAGAACACACUACCACGAUAAGCACACUGAAAUCUAUCCAGAUAGAGACUUCCACCAGUGGAAGGAAGUAUGCGCAGGACCUCAACGCCCUCCAGGAGGCUCUGGACAAGAGUCUGAGAGAGCAUAAAGUCACCAAGCAGGAACUGGCGGCUGUCACAUCUGACCUGAGGUCACUUAAACAGAAACUCCAACAGGAAAUGGCUCGUAUUGAUGAGCUCAACCAACGUAAUGAGAACCUGUAUAAGACCAUUGAGGAGAAGAGCCUCCAGCUUAACAACUUCACUACAGAGAUUGAAAAGCUAAAGACUCUGACGCAGAACCUGACGAAGGAAAGACUGAAGUUGGACGAGGAGCUGAGGAAAGUGAAACAGGAGAGGGAUGAGCUGAAGCUUAACAAAGACGAUAUUGAUGGAGAAACUUCCUCUCAGAUCUCAGCCUUGCAUGUCCAGCUUCAGAGUAGUUCCAGGAGGACCGCGGAGCUCCAGGGCCUCAUCAAUGACCUGACCAGGGAGAGGGAAAAACUUAAAAUGGAAAUAGACAAAGUCCAAAAGCAAUCACUUGAGACAUCCAUGAUGGUGCAUAGUUCCCAAAGCCAAUACAGUGAGCUGCUGCUGGAGAGGGACAGUUUGCUGUCUAGGCUUAAACUGCUGGACCAGGACAAGAAUCGUAAUCAGCGCACAGAAGAAGAGCUAACCCGCAUCAAGAUCACGCUAGAUACUGAGCUCCGCAACAAAAAGCAUCUUCAGGAUGAAAAUAAUGGUAUCCUCAAGGAUUUCAACCAAAUGAAGAGCCAGUAUGAGUUGAGAGAAAGCCACAUUAGGAAGUUUGAAUCAGACAGAGACAAGGCUGAUCGAGACCGGAUCUCCCUGAAGAAUGAGAUAGAUAGGCUCACGAGGGAGCUGAAGAGUAUUGAGGAGAGGUACAAGAGCCGUCUGACGAUCUCUGAAAAGGAGGCAGCAGACCUGGCUCUCAAGAGAGCGGCGCUGGAGAAAGAGAUACAGAGGCUGCAGCAGAGACCCAGCACUCUGAACAGGCAGACCCAGACAAAUGAAAAUGUCCCAACAAUCGAUCCAUCCAAGCUGAUAUUUGAUGGGGUACGCCGCAAAGUCACAGCCCACCAGCUUUGUGACUGUGGUAUAAUCACUAAAACCACACUGGACCAGCUCCUAAAUGGAAAGAAGACAGUGGAUGAGGUAGCCAUGGACAUCCAGCUGAGUCUUAAAGGCACUGGCAUUAUUGCUGGCAUGAAAGCAGGUUCUCAAGGGAAAAUGCCGUUCACUGAAGCGAAAAACAAGGAUCUCAUCACUCCAGAGAGCGCCCUCAUGCUCCUUGAAGCUCAAGCUGCAACAGGCUACAUAGUGGACCCAGCAUUGAAUGAAAAGAUGCCUGUGGAUACUGCCUGCUCAAGAGGGAUUGUAGACACAGCAGACAGAGACACCUUGCUGACAGCUGAAGCAGCCAGCACAGGUUUUAAAGAUCCAUACAGUGGCAAAUUAUUAUCUGUGGGUCAGGCUUGCAAACAGGGCCGUGUAGACAAAGUCACAGCCAUCCGCUUGCUCCAGGCUCAGGAUUCUGUUGGAGGCAUUUUGGACCCAGUUCUGAGUGUGUUCCUUCCCAAAGAUCUGGCCUUGGAUCGCAAUCUUAUUGAUGAAGAGCUCUACAGGGCUUUGAACAAAGACCCCACCUGCUACCUGGAUCCUACAACAGCAAAGAAGAUCAGCUAUAAUGACCUUCGGAAGAAGGCCAAGGUGGAACCUGUCUCUGGCUUGCUUCUGCUCAGUGGUCCAGAACAGCCCGAUAAAGUCCCUGGUAUCAGAGGGUAUGUCACCAUUUUAGAGCUCUACUCCUCUGGACUGCUGAGUGAAAUUGAUUGGGCAAGGUUUAAAGCAGGCGACCUCACCAGCAGUGAAAUUCAAGAGAAUCUAAAGUCCUAUCUCUAUGGCUCCUCCUGCAUUGCAGGGAUCUAUGAUGAGGCCAAUGACAGAAUAAUGCCUUUCUAUCAGGCUAUGAAGGAAGGCCUGCUCAUGCGAGGAACUACCCUGGAACUACUUGAGGCCCAAGCUGCUUCUGGCUUCAUUGUUGAUCCAGUCAACAAUCUGUUCUUGACAGUAGAUGAGGCUGCAAAGAGAGGCCUGAUAGGAAAAGAGUUUAAGAAUAAGCUGUUAUCUGCAGAGAAGGCAGUAACUGGAUACAAAGAUCCAUCCACAGGAAACAAAAUCUCCCUCUUCGAGGCUAUUGACAAAGAUCUUAUUGAGAAAGGUCAUGGAAUCCGUCUUCUUGAAGCCCAAAUCGCCAGCGGUGGGAUUAUUGACCCCAAAGAAAACCACCGUAUUGAUAUCGCUGUUGCCUAUAAAAGGGGAUACUUUGAUGAGGAAAUGAAUGAGAUCCUAACUUAUGAAGGUGAUGACACAAAAGGCUUUUUUGACCCUAAUACUAAGGAUAACCUGACAUAUCUUCAGCUGAAGGACAGGUGCAUGACAGAUCCCAAAACAGGCCUAACUCUCCUGCCAAUCAAUGACAAAAAGAAGGCCAAGAAGUCACAGGAGAGCCGUACCAAUAUCCUCCGCAAGAGGAGGGUUGUGAUCGUUGACCCAGAAACUAACCUGGAGAUGUCAGUGAGGGAGGCCUAUCACCGAGAGCUUAUUGACUAUGACACUUUCCUGGACUUGUCGGAGCAGGAGUGUGAGUGGGAGGAGAUAACUAUCACAGCGUCUGAUGGCUCUGAGCGUUUGGUGAUCGUGGAUAGGAAAACAGGCACCCAGUAUGACAUCCAGGACUGCCUGGAACGCGGUAUCAUUGAUCAGACAUAUAUCAAUCAGUAUCGUGCUGGAACGCUGACCUUGACACAGUUUGCUGACCAAAUCACCAGCAGAACCAGCAGUACAGAGAUGCACAUUGCAGCCAGCAAUGUUGAUGACAUAUUCACCUGCAGCAGCAAUCCCACCCAGGCCACACCAUCUUCUCCCACAGUUCGUAAACGCUUCAACAGUGUUGUUAUUACUGUUUCUCCCCCUGAAAUGUUUGAUGACCACAGCCCUGUGGGGGCUAUAUUCGACACAGAGACCUUGGAGAAAGUAACUGUGACUGAAGGGCUCCGGAGAGGUAUAGUUGACACUAUUACAGCACAGAGGCUACUGGAGGCCCAGGCAUGCACAGGAGGUAUUAUCAACCCUGCUAAUGGUGAUAGACUGUCGCUGCAGGAUGCUGUCCAUCAGAGUAUCAUCGACGAAAGCAUGAGUGCUAAGCUGAAAGCUGCCCAGAAAGCCUAUGUUGGUUUUGAGGAUGUGAAGACUAAAAGAAAGAUGUCCGCAGCAGAGGCAGUGAAGGAGACAUGGUUGCCCUAUGAAGCUGGCCAGAGAUUUUUAGAAUUUCAGUACCUGACAGGAGGCCUGAUAGAGCCUGGCUCUAGACGUCGCAUCACCAUUGAAGAGGCUAUUCGUAGAGGUUGGCUGGAUGGUCAAGGGGCCCAGAAGCUUCAGGAUACAAGGAACCACCAGAAGAACCUGACAUGCCCGAAGACAAAACUAAAGAUCGCCUACAAGCAAGCCAUGGACAGCUGCAUGGUGGAAGAAAGCAAUGGUAUGAAGAUGCUGCCGGCCUCCUCAAUAUCCUCCAAGGGAAUCAGCAGCCCUUACAAUGUCUCCAACCCAGGAUCUCGCUCCGGGUCCAGGGCUGGUUCCCUUGCUGGCUCCAGGAGUGGAUCUCGUAGAGGAAGUGUGGAUUACUCCUCUAGCAGCUUCACAUUCAGCUCCAGCAGUACCACCUUGAGCAAUUCUAAAUCUUAAUACACAGCAUAGAAAAAUGAAUCUAGACCUGUUUUUAACAACAGUCCAUAUGCAGUUUGAGUACUCUUUUAACAGUUUGCUUUUCUAAAUGCUUUUCUGCUACUUGAUGAUGAUAUUUUGGGAAAUUAGUUAUUUUAAAUGCAUUUAAAUGUUUUGAUAGUUUGCAGAUUUUGGUGAUUUGGUUUUCCAAUAUUUACAUGUAUGCAGAGUAUAAUUAAUAUUCUUAUUCUAAACCACACAAGUUAAAUGAACAUAUUUGUCAUAGCUCAUUUUAAUACAUGGCUUAUAUUCAGAAAUUAACAAUGUGUUAUUUUAAAGUAUGCUUCAAAAUUAAGUUGGCUAUUUUAUAUUCUUAUUUUUUUGCAGCUAGACUUGUGUAUGAUUUCAUUUUUUUGUUGAAAUACAAACCAAACGCAUUUUGUUGAUUGCAAAUGCUGGUUAGCUUAAAAUACUGACUUGUAUGAUUAAUGAUCAACUGCAAAAAUCACUUGCUACUAACAUGUUAUUCUCACACAAUUGAAAAUAAAAUGUUCAUAACAA